UUUCAAACGUAUAGGGCUGCCUUAGAAGAAGUCGAAGGAGAUGUGACAGAACUGGAACUGAAACUCGACAAGCUGGUGAAGCUUUGUAUUGCAAUGAUUGAUACUGGGAAAGCCUUCUGUACAGCCAACAAGCAGUUCAUGAAUGGAAUUCGAGACCUGGCACAAUAUUCGAGUAAAGAUGCAUUGGUUGAGACAAGCUUGACAAAGUUUUCUGAUACCUUGCAGGAAAUGAUCAAAUACCACAAUAUCCUCUUUGACCAAACCCAAAGAUCAAUUAAAGCACAACUUCAGAGUUUUGUUAAAGAAGAUAUUAGGAAAUUUAAAGAUGCCAAGAAGCAAUUUGAGAAAGUCAGUGAAGAAAAAGAGAAUGCUCUGGUAAAAAAUGCCCAAGUGCAAAGAAACAAGCAGCAUGAGGUAGAGGAGGCGACUAAUAUUUUGACUGCUACAAGGAAAUGUUUUCGGCACAUAGCUCUGGAUUAUGUUCUUCAGAUCAAUGUUCUUCAGUCCAAAAGGAGGUCAGAAAUCUUAAAGUCGAUGUUAUCAUUUAUGUAUGCUCACCUGGCUUUUUUCCAUCAAGGCUACGAUCACUUCAGUGAGCUUAGGCCCUACAUGAAAGAUCUUGGUGCACAGCUGGAUCAGUUGGCUGUAGAUGCUGCAAAGGAGAAGAGAGAUAUGGAGCAAAAACACUCCACUAUUCAGCAAAAGGCUGCUUUGCAGGAUUACUCCAGUGACGAUACUAAAUUAGAGUACAAUGUAGAUGCAGCCAAUGGCAUCGUUAUGGAAGGUUAUCUAUUUAAGCGAGCCAGCAAUGCCUUCAAGACAUGGAACAGGCGCUGGUUCUCAAUACAAAACAACCAACUUGUGUACCAGAAGAAGUUCAAGGAUAAUCCCACGGUGGUGGUUGAAGAUUUGCGACUUUGUACAGUUAAACACUGUGAAGACAUAGAAAGGCGUUUCUGUUUCGAGGUGGUUUCACCAACAAAAAGCUGCAUGCUUCAGGCUGACUCGGAAAAGCUGCGGCAGGCUUGGAUUAAGGCUGUUCAGACCAGCAUUGCUACAGCAUAUAGAGAGAAAGGGGAUGAAUCUGAGAAACAGGAAAAGAAAUCAUCCCCAUCUACUGGAAGCCUAGAAUCUGGCAGUGAGACAAAAGAGAAGUUGUUGAAGGGAGAAAGUGCUCUCCAGCGGGUUCAGUGCAUUCCUGGUAAUGCUGCCUGCUGUGACUGCGGCUUGCCAGAUCCUCGCUGGGCCAGCAUCAACCUAGGAAUCACGCUGUGCAUCGAGUGCUCUGGGAUACACAGGAGCCUAGGAGUCCACUUCUCAAAAGUAAGAUCUUUAACACUGGAUUCAUGGGAACCUGAACUUCUAAAGCUUAUGUGUGAAUUAGGAAAUGAUGUCAUAAAUAGAAUAUAUGAAGCAAGGUUGGAAAAAGUGGGAGUGAAGAAGCCACAAGCUGGAAGCCAGAGACAGGAGAAAGAGGCAUACAUCAAAUCAAAAUACGUGGAAAGGAAGUUCGUAGAGAAGCAGCUUGCACAGGUACCUCUGCUUGAAUCUGGAACGAAAACAUUGCCUCAGAGUCAAGAGGAGAAGAGGCAGAGCGGCGCUGAGAAAUCCCUUUUGGCAGCGGUUGCUGUAAGUAGCGACGAGGCGAGGCGGGAGUCUCUGUUCUGUCCUGAUGAACUAGAUUCACUCUUCUCCUACUUUGAUACUUCUUCAAAACUACGUAGUAUAAGAAGCAGUGACAGCGGGAUCCAUCAGAGUGCUGAUGACAGCAGAGAACACCUUGCCUCAACCAUAUCAGCCAACAGUUUGUAUGAACCAGAGGCAGAUAAGCAAGAGUCUCCUGUGCUGUGUGAUUCCAAGCAGUCCAAUCCAGGGCUGCAGCUUUAUCGAGCAGCYUUUGAGAAGAAUCUGCCCGAUAUGGCGGAAGCUUUGGCCCACGGAGCUGAAGUGAACUGGGUCAAUGUAGAAGAAAACAAAGCAACGCCGCUCAUUCAGGCCGUGCGGGGGGGCUCUUUGGUUACUUGUGAAUUCCUACUGCAGAAUGGUGCCAAUGUGAACAACAGGGAUGUGAAAGGAAGAGGACCCCUGCACCAUGCCACAGUUCUAGGACACACUGGACAAGUAUGUUUAUUCCUAAAACGAGGAGCAAACCAGCAUGCUACUGAUGAAGAUGGGAAAGAUCCAUUGAGUAUAGCUGUAGAAGCUGCAAAUGCAGAUAUUGUAACAUUGUUGCGUUUAGCAAGGAUGAAUGAAGAAAUGCGUGAAUCGGAAGGACUGUAUGGACAGCCAGGAGAUGAAAUUUAUCAGGACAUUUUUCGUGACUUUUCUCAAAUGGCGUCAAAUAAUCCAGAGAAGCUAAACCGUUUCCAGCAGGCAGACUCUCCGAAGUCUUAGGUUGUCAAGAAGGACAAGAAUCAAACCCCAUCCUUCUCUUACAGUGCAAGUUUUUUUGUCCUUUUUUUUUUUAAGAAUGAUUUAUAAGCAUUUUCCUAGAUAUUUAAUAGUUUGAAUAAAGUGACCACUCCAGUGUAGCUUUAGACUGUGGUAGCUGGGGAAAUAAAUGUAUUCUGGGGAAAUGUUGCUCUGCAGUACAUAUACCUCAGCAGUUCAAAAUGCUUAAAGAGAAGUGACAAAAUGAUUAGAUGGCCUUUGCUAGUGAGUAUUUACUGCUGUCAUCAGUCUCACUGUUGCCAUAAAGAACAUGCCCCUGGCCAGGAAAUCUUCUUUUUAUUUCUCAGUCUGUUUGAAAGGGAAACUGGAUAGUGACUUACUGAUUUGUCUUUUGAUUUGUGAGCCCCUUAUAAGAUCUUAUUCCCACUGAUAGACUGUUAAUAACUAGACAUAGUAACUUAAGCUCUUCUGCAAGCUCUGUUUUAGUGCAACCUUGAACACCAGGCUGGCCUUUAUGCUCGUGACUGCGGGUCAGUCACAAUAGGUAUAUACCUGGAAGGACCAAAUUUCUAAGAGCAGUGUAUUUUCCUUUUUUAAUUUCUUGCUGUGAAGAGAGUUUUCUUUCAGAUGAGCAUAUGGAGCCUUUCAUGAAAAAGUAAGUUUGAUCCUGCUGGACCCCUCGUCCACUAUCUUGACUUCAACAUUACAAACUUGAGACCUAAAAGUAGACAUUGAGCCAAAGGACACUUAAUGCAGAAUUGUCAGGCGGAGGCUGUGUCACCUUUUCCCUUUGCUGUUCUGAGUAUUAGCCCAAAGCCAGCUAUAUCUAAAAGCACUCGUGUAAUGCAGACAUCUUAAAUUUAGGCCAGCUGACUCUUUAUAUCACAGCAUGUAUAAUAUAAUCCGCAAUACUGUAUAUACUAUAAUCUGCAAUACUGUAUAUACAUACUUAUUCUCUAAGGUGUGCAGGAAAAAAAGAGGAAUUUGCUAAGUAACAAGUGAACUUAGUCCCUAGCAGUCCUCACCCUGAGGACAGCAACCCAGGAUUUUUCAGUAAGCUCCAUUCUGCAGACUUGCAUGCGUAAACGAUGUCUGCAGAGAUGUGCUCAUGUAUGAGGAUCCUUAAUACCUACAUAAUAAUCUCCCAAAGCUCCAAGCCAGUGGAUGCAAUUCUCUAUACUCUAUUUGUUUUGAAAAUGUAGGGAUAAUUUUUAGGUAAAGUAAAAUCAAUGUGAAUUUUUUUUUUACAUAGUCCUUAUUAACCAUAGCAGUAAGCUACCCUGCUGUUUAAGUGUAUUUGGGAAAUGAGCUAUCAUUUUUCUCAAGCUGACUUAGCCAAAAUGGAUUUUUGUAAAUUGUGGUAAAAUUAAACUUUCUAGCAUGGUAUUUGWAACAAAGUAUUUUAUGUAUUUAUCAUUUUGCAGCAAAUGUAUAACAACACACGAAAUAUGGAUGACUCUUGAUGCUGAAUUAAUGGCAUUUUAGAAGUAUUUUGAUAAAUACUUUUUCCAAGUAGAAGCAUCUAUAAAACAGCUUUGCUUUGUAUAUGGUAUAAUUAUGCUGAGAAAAGCUGUUUCUGCCCAUUUAAAAAGUGCAUUUAUUUUGAAUAUUAAGAAACUUAAUCUCAUCUGUAAGCAAUAGCUUCUAAUAAGCUGUUUUUAAAUAGCUGUCUAUGAAAUGUAUCUGAUUUGUGAGUCCUGAUGUGUAGUACUUAAGAGCAGUAGAUCUUUAAUUAGUCCAUCGUAGGAAACAGAAUCCCCAGUGUACAGAUGGGACAAUGUAAGAUAUGGCUAUGUAUAGCAUAGACUUUAAAUAUAUGGUGUUUUCUAAAGAUUCAUGUCUUCUGUACCUAUGUGACAGGCAAUAUACACGGCGAGUGGCUGUAAUGUAAAGCUUAAUGGCAUAAUCACCGUCCUGCGGUGCUCGUGGGAACGCGGAUCCGGCCUCCGUGUCGGAGGGCCCUGGCGGGGAGCCCCAUCCCAGCGCUGCUGCUCCCCUCGCAGGUCCUCCUUGUGCUCCCGGCCCCGUGGGAGCAGAGCCAGCUGGGGCUGUUCGUGCUCGGUGCCCUGCGCCUCGUGUGCACGUCGCUGCUCUGCCCAGGAGCGACCRCGGCGGCUCUGCUCCCCUCCAGCCCCCAGGCUCCUUCCCUGCUCCUUUAGGUACGCUGAGAAAUGCAUCUGCUUAAAGCACGUUUCAGAUCGAUGUGGCACGUGUGUUAGCGUGUUCCUCAUCAGCAAAAGUGAAUAUGCCAUUAAGUUAUGAAAUGCACUGAGGGUUUAUUUCUCCUGGACGUGGGCAACCUCAGGGCUCCAGGGCCUCCAUCCUCUGCAGGCCUCCGUCGUAAGCACGUGUCCCAGUCUGUGCAAAGGUUGGGAGUUGCCAGGCGAGUUCUAGAUCCAGUUCUAGUGUUCUGCUGAGUAGUACUAGGAAACUUCUGCUUUUAUUACAAUAUGAAUCUGAAGAUAACUUGAAAUCUAGGUAGUAAAGCUCUGCCCUGUGUUAACCUCAUCUUGUACCAUGUAGCAGGUCGUGGGAAGCUUCAAUUCCAAUUCGGGUUUCUCCAGAAGUAUGAAAUAUAAUAGCUCACAGUCAGUGGGAUGCAAAACAAUAAUGAGCAUUCAUAGGGAUUUUCAAUAAUUUUACCAUAUAAGCCACAAAAGGAUUUUAUGUUCCUCUUCGUCAGGGCUAGAUAAAGUGUUCCAAAAGUCUCUUGGAACGACAAAUGUGUAAGAGCUCAACAUAUAUUCUAACCUCUUCAUUUCAGAGAUAUAGUUUACUUAGGUUGCAUGUUGAGUUGUUGUCUCAUUACAGGUCUAUACUGUUUUGAUCGUUUGAUUAGGUUUCCCAUUUUAUGGAAUGAUUCCCUGUUUUCUGUUGGUACUGUGCAUAUAAACAUUUCUGAAUUAUCUUACUGAAUAAUGCCAUUGAAUUGUAUUUGACAUGUGGAAAUUCUGUCCCAUUCCAAGUCCAAGUGACAUGGUAGUCUGUAGAAGUCUUGCUUCACUUUCAYGAGCUGUUUAUCAAUACGUUGUAGAUCUUACCUCCUUCCCUCCCUAUCUUCCUUACCUCCCUUCUACUGAUCAGGAUAAAAUCCAGCAAGUCAUCAAAAUCAGUGGCAGCUCUUGCACUAUUUUUGGAGGCUUUGCACCUUUAUAACAUUACUGUGUUAAAGGAUGCUGUAUUAWUACUGCAUUUUCCACUCCUUAGGUUUCUCUAUUUAACCUGUAUAUGUGCAGAGCUUGAACACCUGUAGCAAAGGGAGCAGCCCUUCUGCCUGCUGCCAGCAUAAUCCUCUGUGCAAAAGGAAUUUUCUCCUAUUUUGCGUUAGUAUGUCAGUGCUCAGCAGGUUAUUAUCAGGGCUCUUUGAAAGUGCAAAAACUUACGGAGAAAAAGG